AUGGUCCAGGAUAUGACAUACCAUCAUAGGCUCUCCUACAGUGCAGCCCCUAACAAAACCAGGCUGCCUCAAACCCCUGGCAACAGGAUUGUUUACCUGUACACCAAGAAGGUUUGGAAAGCACCUAAAUCCACAUGUGAUGCUUGCUCAGGUAGACUUCGAGGGGUUUGUGCUGUGAGGCCUGCAGUCUCUGUGAGAUUGUCUAAGACAAAGAAGCACGUGAGCCUGUGGUGGUUCCGUGUGUGCCAGAUAUGUGCACGACAGGAUCAACAGGCUUUCCAUAUUGAGGAGCAGAAAAACGUUGUGAAAAUGUUGAAGACACAGCACAGAGGCAGGAAGCAAAACAAAUACGCAGCAUGUAUAAGUAACUAAAGUCAAGGCUUGGUUAAGAAGGAGGAAAGGAAAAGAAGGAAGAAAAAAAUGUCUUUAUGUGUUUCCUUAG